AUUUAUAGUAAACGCGCGACUUUUGAAACCGUGGAAACCUGAUGAUGAUAUCUUGAAAGUUCGUUAGAAUCAAGUACGGUCAGAAGCCGACUCUGACACCAUGAAUAUCUUUGAAAACAACAUGAACAAAGCUGUUGAGCCAAAACGUGGUUCUGCAAAGUCAGACUUUACAGCUUCUCCAGAAUAUAGUGAACAGUAUGAAACGGACUCUGAAUUGACUGAUAUGCAAGAACAAACUGAUUCAAAAGACCGGAAAGUACGAGAGACAAGUGGCGACUUGAGUACACAAAGGAGGAACAAACAAAUCAAGAAACUUCAUAAUCCUUUCCCAAUCCGAAGAAAUGCUUCUCACAGAUCAAAAUCUAAACCACAUCAUCCAACUGUACAAACAAAACCAAAUCAAAUAUUAACUAAGAAGUUAUAUCCAAAUGUUAGUUGUGGCAGUAGUAGUCAUAUCACCGCAUCAUCUGGUCUACUGGAAAUGUGGGAAUCGAAUCAACUGGCUUUGGCUGAAGCAAAUAGUACAAUUGUACAAUUGAAUAAAGAAUUAAAAGACUGCAAGCUGGAAUUGAAAACAGUUCAGAGACAGUAUAAAAUGCAAGCUGUACGAUUAGAUAAAGCAAUUGGACAAGAAGCUGAUAUGCCACAGAUUAUUGAUCGUUUGAACUCAGAAGUACGUACAUUACAGUUACGGUUACGUGAAAAAACGCUACAAUCAAGUGCAGAUCAAAGAAAAAUUAGUGAAUUGUUACAUCGUGUUUAUCUACUGGAGAAAUCUACAUGUGAUGAUAAACAAAAUCAGUCGUCGUUCGAUAAUGGUUCAUUACAAUCACGUAAAAAGUCUAAUAAAUCAGAAAAUACAACAAGUGAAUUAGACGAAGAAAAGAAAAAGAAUUCAAAAUUAAAACAUGAAAUUUAUGUGUUGACCAAAAAUUUUAAGCAACAAAUUAAUUCAACAAAUGAAAAACUUCGAUGUUUACGGGAAAAAUAUCAAAUUCUAGAGAAAAGUUUACAAGAGAAAUCACUACAGCUACAAGAGAAAUCUAAACUGUUAGAAUUGCAAAAUGUUUAUAGUCAACGAAUACCAAAGCAUAUUGUGCUAUCACACUUACAAUCGUCGUCAACACAAGCCCCACCGCCGCGCCGUGUCAACGAUGUCGACAAGCAGCACAACAGGGACACAACAACCUGUCCAACGACUUUUGUCGAUGACGGUUAUGAUCUCAAUAAUAUUGAUCAGCAUAAAGUCAAAGAUCUGCAAAAUAAACUAUCAACUUCAAGUAAACAUUCAUUUAAUACUACUACUGAUAAUCCAGUUAGUAGUAAAUCUUUUCUGCCUAAAAUCAACUCGAAAUCGAUCUGCUCUCAUGACGAUGGUGAUGACAUCAAUAGUCACGACAGUGCAAAAUUCUUGUCAAAGUCAAAAUCAAUCUCAUCUCAAUCGAAUUCACAUGAUGAUGAACAUGGAAAUAAAAAGUCUGAAAAAUUUGAAAAUUCUAAAAAAAUCAAUCGUGUCUCGUCAUCUUCAUCAAAAGAUGAAAAAAUACUGGAUGAUAAUAAAGAAAAUUCAUGUGGUGAAUCCGUUCUUAAAAAUACAAUAAAUGGUGACCAUGUACAAUUGAAUAAAGAAAAUAAACCGUUAAAUAUGACUGGAAUAAAACAACCAAAUCAAGAACAAUCCCUACCAGCGGCAGUACAUGAAUAUACUUCGCUGAUGACCAACCAGAAUGAUACACCAAUACUUCAGACAUGUAAAUCAUUUCAUGAAGAUGAAAUCUUCAAACCAAUCCCUGUAAAUUUAAAAUCUGAAAAAUAUGAAUUCUCUGAAAACGAUUAUUAUUUAAAAACUAAAAAAGAUAAAUGCGGAAUACAAGAAGUUGACAAGGUGAUGGGGAUAAAGCAAAAUACGAAGAUGAAGGAGAACUUGACGAAAAAGAAUGACGACAUCAACCACGACUGUGAUGGAGACGACGAUGAGGAAACACAACAGAAACUUCGUCUUUUACAAACCCUACAACAAGUUGAGAAAGAAGAGGAAACUAAACAAAAUCAAAAGUUAAAUUUAUUUUCAACAUCACCACAGCAAGUAAUAUCGAAUGAAAAGGAUGAUUUAAUAAAAAAUACUUUUGGGAAAGCAAGAGAACAAGAACUUUGGAAUGAUUUAUUUGGACCGAAAAAACACUCAGAUGGUGCUGAUGUCGAAUGGAUGGUUAAUUCAUCCUCGAAAACUAAUAACAAUCCACCAAUGAAUAAUUUAAACAAAUUGAACUCAUUCAAUAUUAAUACUAAUAUAAACAAUGAUAAGCAAACUAUGAAUGAUAGUAAUUUAAACAAUAACAAACAUACUCGAUCUUUUACUGUUAAAAAACCAUCAUGGUUAACACCAUCAAAUAAACGCGGCAAUGAAUCAAAUGAGAUUAAAAAACCAAAUUCAUUCACUUUUAUUCAAUCAAAAAGUAAUAAUAAUAAUCAAAAACUGAAUUUAUCGAAAACACCAGUUUCACAGAUAAAUGAUGACUCUGACCUUGAAGAAUUACACAUUUAAACAACUCAUGGAAUAUUUUUUCAUUGGAU